AUGGAUUACAACAAUAGUAAUGCAACCAACAUAACGAAUGAAGAUGGGGAGACAACCUCCGAUGUUAAUACUGUGAUGAACAUGGCCAUUGUUACCAUUGGAAUCAUUGGUCUGUUCGGCAAUGCGCUUGUUUGUUUGGUGUUCUUGAAAAUCCGUCAGCUCCGCACGCUCACCAACUAUCUGAUAGUACACCAGGCCGUAAUCGAUUUCAUCACUUGUUCCAUCAUCGUUAUCACGUACCUCGGUCCACAGUUCACUCAUACAUUAAACAACGCCUUCGGUGAGAUUAUCUGCCGCGUGUGGAAGUCUGCCUACCUUCUCUGGACGUGUUUUCUUGCGUCGACACUCAAUCUCGUGGUGAUAACAUUCGAGCGCUACUGCGCUAUAGUCUACCCGCUGCACUAUCCAAGCAUCCUUUCUGAUUGCAAAGUAAAAAUAGCUCUUGUAAUGGUCUGGGUCAUCUCAUUUUUGUUCAAAAGCUUCAAGGUUUACGUGCAAUACUUUGACAUUGAGACCGGUCUCUGCAUCCUGGUGAAGAUAUGGCCAUCCCCUGCGUAUCGAACAUUCGUCGGUGUCGCCAACAUUCUCAUCCAAUAUUUCUUACCUCUGAUAACGAUGACAUGUGCCUACAUUCACAUCUACCUGGUUUUGAAGAAGCGAACCUCGGCAGCGUCUGUCCCAAUCCCAGGAGAAAACGCAUCGACAUCGCGGGACGGUUCGAUGAUGCGAGCUCGCAAAAAUGUACUGAGGAUGUUGUUCCUGGUGUUCCUGGCCUACGCUGUCUGCUGGACCCCGAAUCAGUUUGUGUUUCUGGCACAGAAUAUUGGCGUUCAAAUCGACUUCAGAAGCCGCUUUUAUCAUUUCACAGUAGUCUGGGGAUUUUUGAACACAUGUAUUAAUCCGUUCAUUUAUGCACUGAAGUACCGACAAUUCCAGAAGGGUGUAAGAUUGGUGUUCUGUCCUAAACGCACAUCUACUUUGGGAGACUCAACAAUAGCGGCAAUGAGCAUACAUCAGGGGGGCGGAGAAAGUUUGGAGGACGGCAAAAAAUAA